GCCGUACGUUCUAGUAAAUCUACCAGACCUAGAAAGCGGCUCCGUACGCUCUUGGUCCGGGACCGAGCCUGUCUCGAGAACGAAGAAGAGGGACUGUCGAUGAUGGUUUGUGUUCUUCGUGGGAGGAGAAGUUUGCCGUUGCGCGGCGAAAAGCCCUAGCGCCUGUCGAUCGAGGGGGAAGGAGGUGCAUUCUCAGCAGGCGACGAGUGGAGCGGCAAUUGUGGUGUGAUCGUAGCGGCCGGUCUCCUAGGGUUUGAAUCCGCGGGACAGGGAUCCGCCGGAGCGCUGUUGAAUUGGCCGGCGGCUUUUCCACGGAUUCCAGCUGCUGCAAGGUAUGCCGUGAUUUGGCGAGGGACACACCGGGGCAUGCUGUGAUCAGCUCGGAUGUUUCCAGCCAUGGCACCGGAGAGGCGAUUGUUUGGCGGAGCUUCCCCUCGCAGUGGAAAUGUGGUUUCGGAAAGGGAGAUUUCCAGACAGCAGUGGCGAGAUUUCUUCGUGGAGGAUCCGAUGGAAGAGGGAUUGAGCGACAUCCAUAUGGCAUCGCGCAGAGCGGAGGAGGCAGGGUACCAGCGACGAAGUCGUGGAUUGCUCGCACGGCAAGCAGCUGUGGGAUCUUUGCAAGGAAAAGUACGAGCCACUGUGGCUCAAAGGAGGGGGUCACUGCAACUUGGAGCUCUAUCCAGAGUAUAUCAGGCACUUGCGCAAGUUUAUCAUGUCUCUUGAGAAAUCCGGUGGCCCAAGGAACGCCAAAGGACCCGGUCUUACUAACGAGAAAGAAAAAAACGCUUGUAUUUUUAUGAAACAGUUCCUACAGAUAGACCACCGCUCAUUACAAGAGCCUUUACGCUGCUCGCUUCAAA